UCCGUGUGUGUGUGUUUCUUUGUUUGUUUGUGCGUGUCCGUGUGUGUGUGUUUCUUUCUUUGUUUGUGCUUGUCUAAUAGGUUGUGUUUGUGUCUUUGUGUAUGUGUGAGUGAAUGCGUGUGGGUGUAUUGGUGUGUGUUCUCCUGUAGAUAAUGAUUGUGUGUGUAACUUAUGUGUGUGUGUGCGUGUCUGUUUGUGUGUGUGUCCGUGUGUGUUUCUUUGUUUGUUUGGUUGUGUUUGUUUCUUUGUGUUUGUGAGUGUGUGUUCUUGUGUGGAUAAUAAUUGUGUGUGUAACUUAUAUGUGUGUGCGUGUCUGUUCGUGUGUGUUUCUUUGUUUUGUGUGAGUAAGAUUGUGUGUGUGGUUUGGUUUGUGUGUCUGUUUGGUUGCGCUCUUUCUCUAGAUAAAUGAAAGACUAAAGAGAAAUUCAUAUUCCAUAUUGUUCGUUAAUUUGGUUUGAUAUUAAUUUAAUAUAGAUUAAAGAGAAACUCUUGUUUCAUAAAAAUAUCAACUUUCGAGUAUCUAGAUGAAUGAAUUUGUUUUAUUGNUUAAUUGCUUGCUUCGUGUAAUUAUAUUUGGUAUCAGGUCUCCCUUAUAGUUCUUCGUGGUAUUCAUUUUAGGUUGUUCCCUGUCAAUCUAUCAUCCUUGACACAUUAACAUUUAUAUAACAAACGAACUUUAACAAGGUGAGACUCGUAGUUGGUAUCUUUGGCNCUUUGUGGUUAUCUUCUUGUUGCUCAAUAUCCAUGGUAUGCUAUAAGAUAUAAAGUUAUGCUUCUCGUAUGUCAUCAAUUAAAUGUCUCUCUCUGCCCAGCCUGACACUUUACAAUUUCAAGAUUGGCAUCUAAAACCCGGUUUUGUGUUUACCUUAUGAUCUUUUUUAUGAACUGUGGUAGUGUUAUNUAUCUCUUUGUGUAUUUCGUAAUGAAGUUAAUUUAAAUAACAUUCUGGUGUAGAAAAGGAAAUGAGCUAAAGAAUUAUUUUUUAUUAUUUGACAGUUAACAAUACUGACAUGAAGUAACAUAAUUGGAAGAUUAACAUUGUGUUCUUUCUCUUCUUUGUUAUUCUCGANUCUUUUAUUGUUUUUACAGUUUUUAACAGAUUGUUUUUCUCUUUUUUUCAUUUGUACAUGAUUAAGAGUUUAGGUGAAGUUGGUUCUUUGUGGAUAGGAUAUGUUUCGUGGUUGUUCAACUCUUGGAAGGAUGAGACAUGUCAUGAGGAAAAAAUUGUGGAGACUCAUUAUCCCGCAUUAAUUUUCAGGGCCCAAUAUAUUUUUGCAUUAAAGAUUUAAUCUUUUUUUGAUAAUCUCUGUUCCUUGAUUUGUUUUGCACAAAUAUCUUCAUUAAUAAUAUAUGUUUUAAAAUAUUUUCUUACCUUCUUGUAUAAGGAAAGAUCCUUCGUUGACCCCUUUUUCCUGUAACUUUGUUUUUCAUUAUUAUCUUACAGUAAGUAUGCAUAUUUUCUGGCUGUUUCUAAAAACUUCUCUUUUGGGUGUUGAUUUUUCUUUCACCAAAAGAAAAUGUCGUGAAUUUUUUUCUUCUUUUGGCAAUUAUUGAGAAUUUUCUGGCUCGUAAUUAGAAUCUACGCAUAAUCCAAAAGUAAGGCAGGUGUCGAUUGUCUUUUUUUUCUUGCUAAAGGGUUUCUUCACAUGAAAGUUGUCACUUUCUUUCUGUAGUCUUUUUAUCUUUAUCUGUGUUAGGUGUGCAGAAAAAUCACACACUAACAUGGUUGCAGUAAAUAAUCUGGAAGUCUCUUGUUCCGGUUCUCCAUGGUUGGCUUGCCAACCACAACCUCGUAUGGCCUUCUCUUUCUUGCAGAUGGGGUCCUCAACUGGAACAAGCAACCUACAAGAAUCGUCACCGUCACUAUCUCUCUGAGCAGUCAGACGGAAGUGUUCCCAACACACUCGUUAUAGCCAACUCCGACGUUGUUAAACCCAGGGUUACUGCUGCUGAGCACAUCUCUCAGUUUAACGAGGAAUCACGGUCUCCUUUUGUCAAGAAGUUCAAAACUAUACUACAUCCUAGCGAGCUGUAGGUUUCAUUUUUGACAAUUGAAAUCCGAAAAGGCCCAAAUGCUUUUGUUUGGAGAGCUUUUGGGAAUCCGUAAAUAGAAUCAGGGAAUUUCCACAAAAAAGUCAGUCCUAAGGUAUUUAUAUGGGAUGUUGAAGCUCAGCCUAAUCGUAAUGCUGUUCUGGGGGCUGCCACUUCUCGUCCUGACCUGGUUUGUUUUUGAUAGGCCUAAAGAUAGGCAGGGGUGGAUUGUAUAUGAAAGGAGAAAUAAGAGAGUUAGUUAGAGAGGUUAGUUGGGGAGAGCGUAGACACUUAACUGUCGGUUAAGUGGCCUGCUGAUGUGAUUAGUAUAAAUAGUAGUUGUUUAGUUAGUUAAGAUACUUUUUGAGGAAUUACUUGAGUGACUGGUCAAGUCCAGAGGAGAGGGUUAAGCCUCUUUUGUGUUGCUGCAUUCUAUAUUCUUUGUGAAUAAUACAGGACAUUCCUUUCCUUUUUCUGUGUUCUUGUGUUGAGAGAGUAAGGCGAGAGCUGUAAUUAGGUUUUCUUAUUGAAAACCUAUCAAUUGGUCCGACCUGCCGGAUCCAAUUGUCGAUUGAUCGUGAUGGAGGGGAGAGUGGUGACGACUGUAGCAGAACAGAUUGAAGCCGUGGAGGUGGCGCUCGCGGAAACGAAGGCGGAGACUGUUUUCUUAAGGCAUGAGACAGGAACAUUGCGACAGAAGUGUGAGAUGAUGCGCCAGGAUAUUCAAGCAAUCUUGACGAUCUUGAAGGACCGCAAGAUCGAAAACAGAGGAGUGCGACGGGAUGGUAGUGAAUCUUCUGUAAAUGAUAACAGCGGAGGGACAGGAGACGAUGGGGGACAAAACGGAGCAGGACGUACUGGAGCGCUGAUAAAUUGGCGGAAGCGGGUGGAUUUGCCCAUGUUCGAAGGGGGUGAACCUUGGAAUUGGAUGAGUCGGGUGGAAAAAUUCUUUGAAGUGCAGAAAGUCGAAGAAGAAGAGAAGAUGCAACUUGCCUUUAUCAGUAUGGAGGGGUACGCCGGCAGCUGGUUCCGUUUUUGGAGGGAGAAGACCAAGAAUUAUUCUUGGGAAGGGUUGAAGAGGGCGUUGGGGAUUCGAUUCGGCGGAGGCACUAAAGGAACGGUUUAUGAGAAAUUAUUGGCAAAUAGACAGACGGGGCCGGUGGAAGACUAUGUUAGAGACUUUGAGGUGCUAGUGGGUCAAACGACUCAAAUUCCAAAGGAACAGGUAUUGGGUUACUUUAUGGCGGGGCUGAGGGAAGAGGUGAGCGACCAUGUCAGACCGCAUGACCCUCCAGACCUUAUGACUGUGAUGCGAGUAGCUCGGGACGUGGAAAAAUUGUGUAGCCCGUGGAAGACCGGAGGAGGAACGGGUUACAAAAACCAGAAUGCAUGGGGACGAUCGGCGGGAGUAGUUACGCGAGUAGAACCUUCGCGAGAAACAGCGAUUAAGGGGGGACCCGUGGAGAGUGUCGGAUCUGUACGAAGGGAGACGAACCAAGGGGGAGGCGACGCCAAAACCACCGGAGGAGGACGAGAUCGAGGUUCGCGAAACCUGGCAUAUGCGGAAUAUUUGAAAAGAAGAGAGGAGGGCAAAUGCUUCAGGUGUGGAGGGCCGUUUAGUCUCGGUCACCGGUGCCCGGAAAGAGGACUUCGCAUGAUGAUCAUGGUGGAUGAGGAGGAGAACGAAGAGGGUGAAAAGGAACCAGCAGUCGAACUCGCCGGAAUGGAAUUGUCGGCCUUAUUGGCGGGAGGCCUGACGACGUCGGAAACGAUGAAAUUGAGAGGACGGAUCGGGAAUCGAGAAGUGUUGGUGUUGAUAGACAGUGGCGUGAGCCACAAUUUCAUUAGCAAAAGCUUGGUAGAGGAGCUGGGUAUGGCGGUGAAGGAGACCCAACCUUAUUUCGUGAGUUUGGGAAAUGGUCAGAAGAGGAGGAUCAGCGGGUGCUGCGAGCCAGUGGUUUUGGAGUUAGAGGACACUGCGGUGGUCGAGAAAUUCUACUUAUUUGAGCUUGGGGGAGUGGAAGUUAUACUCGGCAUUGAGUGGCUGAAAAAGUUGGGGGAAGUGAUGGUAGAUUGGGGAAAAUUAACAAUGGUGUACUGAGUAGACGGGAGACAGGUGACGGUGAGAGGAGAUCCCCAGUUGGAAAGAAAGAUGGUGGGGCCCGAGGCUUUAUUAAAGCUGAAUGACACAGAAGCUUGGAUGAUGGUAUGGGAAUUGGGCCCGAUUUUGGCCCAGAAUGACAAACAGAGCUGCAUGGGCCUUACGACGGUGCAAAAAGAAGAAAUGGAGAAGCUUCUAGGGCACUAUGAGGUGGUGUUUGCUGAACCCAACUGCUUGCCACCUAACAGGGACAUGCAACACAGGAUAAUGCUUAAAGAAAGGAGCGACCCAAUCAACGUUAGACCGUAUCGGUAUCCGCAUGUGCUGAAGACCGAGAUUGAGCAGCAAAUUGCCGAUAUGCUUCGAAUGGGGGUGGUCCGGCCAAGUCAUAGUCCAUAUUCGAGCCCGGUGAUUUUGGUGAAGAAGAAAGACGGUAGCUGGCGCUUCUGUGUAGACUACAGAGCUCUUAAUCGUGCGACCGUGCCGGACAAGUUUCCGAUCCCCGUCAUAGAGGAGUUGCUGGACGAGUUGAAGGGGGGAGCUUUCUUUUCUAAAAUCGAUUUGAAAGCGGGGUAUCAUCAAAUACGCAUGCACGAGGAGGACAUUAAGAAGACAACCUUCCGAACACAUCAAGGGCACUACGAAUUCGUAGUCAUGCCGUUCGGACUCACCAAUGUGCCGACGACCUUCCAAAAGACCAUGAACAACCUUUUCCGACCUUAUCUGCGAAAGUAUGUCUUGGUGUUCUUUGAUGACAUACUGAUUUACAGCCGUGAUUGGAGGGAACAUCUUGAGCAUGUAGAGAGCGUGUUGGCAACGUUGCAGCGGGAACGGUGGGUGACCAACUGAUACACGGGGCCCAAGGCCACCAAAUAAAGAACAACCCCAAGAGCAUGGUGAAGGGUAAAAUGGACAAUUCUACAUAAAGAGGGGUGUGCCUAUCAUAAAANGGGUGGCAUUAGUGUUUACUUUUCCAUAGGCACCUAGCAUAUUUUACAUGUGUUUAAUAAAGCUUUCUAGAAGCCACACACAUUUAGCACAUGACUAAUUAGUUGGCAUGAGAUCUGAAACGUGUGGCCUUGAGAUUGAUCUAUAAAAAUCUCAUAGGCUAAGCUUGUAAAUCACUUUAGACUCUAUGAGAAAUUUCUUCAAUAUGAAAUUCAUCUCUGCCAAGAAAAUGCUUACCAAAGUCACUCUUUCCAUCAACUCUCUCUCACCUCUUAGCUUUCUUCCAACAAUGGAGGCUGCCUGAAGCUAGGAUCAUCUCAUCUCUUCUUUGCCGCAACCAACAUCCACUCUGAUUCCAUCAACUUUCCGCUGCCACCUGCUGGAACUCCUUCCUUCUCGGGUCCAGUCUUCAAUCAAGCAAUGAAGAGGCUUAUCAAGUGGUAUUCAGAGCUAUGGUUCUGCAUCACAUUCCAGAUAAGUACUGUUACAUUGCUUUAUCCGUGUUGUGCUGUUCCACUUCUCAAUUCACUGUUUCAUUGAGUUUUUCUUUGAUAAAUCUGUGCGAGUGAGUCUUUGGUGAUCAUUCACAUGUUCCUUAGUGUUUUCUCUACAUUUUAAUCGGUGCAUAUUGUGUAUUUUUUCAUUCUAUUCAGCUUCAUCUUCAUUUUCCAGUUUUGUUACUGUCAUGUGCACACUGCCGUUUUAAAUCUGUUAUAAUUUUGUGUUUAAUCAGUGAGUGUGUGUCCAGUGAAUCCAGUGUUGUGAUAGCUCUAUAUUGAUCUUAAAAGCAACAAGACUUUGUCUAGCUUUGAUCAAUGAGCUUAGCAUUUUUAAAUCAAAAUUUUCUGAUCUGCUGUGUUAGUGAAAUCUGCGUCAGAUUUUGUUUCCAAAUCUGGAAAUUAUUUCAAUUCUUUCAAUCUGGCUGGGUCUGUGAUGUUUGUUGUCUGCAGCAAGUUCUUUUGGUGAUUUAAAACUUUUUUCAAGUGAAUACAAGCCAUUUGCAUCAUUGAAUCACAAAAACCAAAUCUUGUUUGCGGAAAUUUCUGAAAAUACCGUAACAGAAUUUACUGUGCAUCAGUUUCUGUUUUGGACAUUUAAACCUAUGAUUCAGAGGUGUUUGCAAGCUGUUUGAAUGGUUUGAAUUGAUGUUUACCAUUUCAACAAUUAGUCCAACUCAGAUCUGAAGUUUGGAAUUGAAAACAAUUCAGUUGCUGCAUUAAAAUCUGUCAUAACAAUUACUCUAUUCUGGUUUAAAAAUUGAACUCUACACCGUGUUUCUGACUUUGCAAUUCCAGUAGGCAUUUAAACUCUGCUAGCUUAACUUUCUAGAGCUAGAUCUAAGUCAAAUUCUUCUGAAUUUCUUGUGCUUAAACCAAUUUGAAUCCAGUCACGCAUGAAUUCCUUGGACUGCUGCAGUUUUAUUUGUUUUUCUGCAUAAUUUGGCAAGUGGAAGUGUGAAAUUGCAUAGUUGCUGGUUUUUGUGCAUUUGGAACUUUAGAACCACUUUGUUUGAUCAUUUAGAAUGUGUCCAAACUGAUUUUAUGGUCAGAUCUACACCAAUGCACAAAAUCACUAUAUCACUUCCUCAUUUGGCUUGAAUUCAUUUAGUAGCAUAGCCAAUUUUCUUAAACAGCUGUUGAGCUAAACAUCUGUUAAAAGUGCAUCAAAACUGGUUGGUUACUGUUCAUAUGGUCAAUUNUCAGAUUGGCUUACAGUCCAUGCUUGAAUACCUCAUUUUUGGUCACUUUUGGGAAGUGUCAUAGCCAAA